CUUCUGCUGCUUUCACAGAGGACCUCUGGACCAAACAAAGCAACAUGACCAGGAAACUACAGAAUCCAACUCUGGAGGACAGCAGAAGCAGAAAAAGGGCCCUUAAACCAGUUGUGGAAAAGAAGAGAAGAGAUCGAAUAAAUCAAAGCCUGGUUGAAUUGAGACACCUGCUGUCUAAACAUACUUCUGAUCCACGUCUGCAAAAUCCUAAACUAGAGAAAGCAGAGAUUCUUGACUUGACUGUGGAGUAUCUUCAAAAGUGGACAGAAGGGGGGAAUCUCAACAAUGACUUUGCUAACAGUGAAACGAAGACACACUCUUCAGCAGUGGAUCCCUCAGAGUCCAAAGUUCCUUACCUCUUUACCCUUGAGAGUGCAGGUUUUAGGGAGUGUGUGGCAAAGAUGACCAAAUACAUGCACAGAAUAACACCAACACAGAGAGCGAGUCUGAUCGCGGGGCUGAAACUUUACACAGAGAACCAGCAGACAAACAGCACAGAAGCAGACCUUAGCCAGGGAGUGGCCGAGACAACCAAAGGGUCAGAUGAAACAUCUCUGGAUUCGGUUUACACAUCUAGGAGGAAAGAAGAUUGCACCAAACUGUUGUUUUCAUCUCAUUCUCCAUUUCAACCUCACUCAUGCUCCACACCGUGCCAUGACUACUUGUCCCCCCCACCCUCUCCAUGGCUCCCUUCUUCUCUCUCAACGUAUGCCCCCUCUCCUCCUUUCCCAUCAUUUGCCUCACACUUUUCCUCCCCCCCAACCCUGUCACCUCUGUCCUCCAACACCUCUUUCUUUAGUUUCUCACCCACAGUCCCUCACCCCAGCUCACCUGCUGUCCACUGCCCCCCUUUUGUCACGCUUAGACCCCCCCCACAACCUGUUCAGAGGGAGGGGUCUCUACCCAAUCCUGUCACACCCAUAUGGAGACCUUGGUUUUGA